CAGUUGCUCGAAGGGUAGACCUCGGAGAUGCGCGUGGGGAGAAGCUUGGCUUUGGAGUAGAACCGAAGUGCUCCUGUUUUUCGCUCCGAUUUUUUAUUUCUGUAUUAUUAUGGUGAAAAACUGGGCAAUGGCUUUAAGUUCCUGGAAAUAUAAUAGCGUUUGUUUGCUUUAGACAAUGCUAUAUAUUUUAUUUUAAACAGUGGCAUGCGUAUUUUGCGAGGACUGUUGAGGUGCCACCAGGAGUGAGUGGUUUUGGCAAUAUGUGUCGCUGGAAUAUGGUAUGCAACCGUCAGGCUUAUGGAAUAUAGCCUGGUCUGUCACAAUCUGAAUGCGCUUUCAUUUAGCCCGGUGAAAAAGAAACUUGUCUUACUCUGCAUCAUGUUUUUACUGUGGGUAUACAUGUUAUACUCAUGCGUGGGCUACUGUGCCACCAUGCCAAGUUUGCUAGUAGACAAUUACCGGGGUAAAGAGACGGUGGCCGUUGGCACAAGGACAGAAAACGGUAAAACGGAUCUGAUAUCCAGACUGCUGCCCAGGCGUCAAUCGUGGGUUGACAUAGAGUCCGACUAUGAUGAGCCAUCUAUUAGGACUGCUUCCAGAGAUCUGCUCAAUAAUGACAUUGAAGUGGACAAAACUGAUGAUUGGGACGAGAUACGGGGUGAACAUAGAUCCCUUGAGCCGAGUGCUAUGUCCAGUUUCUCCAACGGGUCGGGUAGCAAGAAGCUGCCCCAGGCAGUCAUCAUCGGGGUGAAGAAAGGAGGGACGCGCGCUCUGCUCGAGUUUCUCCGCGUGCAUCCCGACAUCAGAGCGGUUGGAGCCGAGCCGCACUUCUUCGACCGCAACUAUGAAAACGGGCUGGAAUGGUACAGGUAAAUCACAAAUAAUUUGAAUACAAUUUUAUCAGACAUAAACGUAACAAGUAAGCCACUUUUCCAAGGAAUUUGGGGAUUCAGUAUGCAACCCUUCUUGAUUUCAAAUUGCCGGUGCGUCUUACCGUCUUAUUUUUGUAGACAGUAUGCACCGAUACGGAACUGACUUUUUCCACAUUUAAUAUUACACACAUAGCAUUGUAGAAAGUAAACACAAAUAUUCUACAUUUAAACCAGAAAUUCGACAUUUUGUGGGCUACAGACAUUUUUUGUUCUAACAUGCAUGCUUACAAUUCUGCGUUUUUAUCUUAAGAGAUUAUUUUAUUGUAUAGGCUAUGUUGCAAACACAUUGGUAGGCUAUAGUCUACCAGACCCGCAUACAAAUAAUAAACAAAUACGUUAUAGCAAAGUAAACCCACAAUGUUUUUGUAAUCAAAAUUGUUAACAUAUUUCAAAUGUAUAUCGAAAAAUACCCCACAAAAAAUACCCCCACAGUCGUACCACUUCAACUAUUCAACUGGAUAGGCUGUCUCAAACCAUAUACCGUCUGCAUAUUGUAAGACAUUGAAAUUAAGUUUUAUUUAUCGCCCAUAUAUCGAUUGCAGUAUGGCCAUAACAUAGAAAAAGAGAACAAAUGAAUAAAAUACAGAUAAGAGGUUUAUCAAUCGAAGAUAAAUUAGGCUAUUUAUUUCUCGAGCUAGUUACCUUUUUGUCUUCUUCUAAACAUUAUGCAUGAAUUAAAUCUAACUUAUAUAUGUUAAUUAUUUUCGAUAUGUGUUCCUGUUCAAAUAAACCUUUAGUUAGGCUAUCAGUUAAUGGCAAGGCUGCGGGCCGUUCUAACGUUGUGC